AUGGGAUUCUCAAGCAUAAAUAGUGUCCAACAAUCCCCUCAAGAUGUAGAUAGAAGGUGCACUGCAAGUUCCGAUAGCGGCUCACUCCCAGGAGUGCAGCCUUUGACGCGUCCCAACGCGCCCGGCAACACCAUGGCGCGUAAAGGCCCUGGUACAGACAGCCCUCUACAGACAGCCCUUCUGGAAUCCACGUCUACAGCCACAACAAGAGCUUCUGAGGGACAGAAGAUCUUCAGCCCCAUAGCUGUAUUCCUUGAUAAAUACCGCAGCCAAACCACCGGCCUUGCUCCUCACCUACUGAGAGCCCUCACCGCUCUAAGCGAUGACCUCACCUCGGUAGCUCAACAACAUUUCAACGCUUAUAUCAGUGGUAUCUCGAUAAUCUCCAUUCUACCUGCCCUGUCUUCUUUCCCUUUCUCUUCCCCCAUCCUAAAUCCCUUACCCCCUUCACCCCCUCCCUCACGUCCCCCCUUAGGCCUUAACCAGUCAACUUAUGCAACUAUUACCCAAUAUGCCCUAGUCAAAUUAACUCCCACCACUCACCUUAAAGCCUCCAUCAAAAAGCCUAUACCUCUGAUGAAAUAA